CCCAUUCCUCCCCCAUGGGAGCAGGUGUGUCUACCUGCCUUUUGGGAGUUUCAAACACGGAAGUUUGAGGACUGUCGCAACUCAUUUUACCACAGCUCCUAUGGGGUGUGCAGUUGCUUGGCUUCCCUGGUUUGUUUUUCUUCAGAAAGCCUUGCAUAGUUGAACCGAAACACGCAAAAAUAAUAAUCUGUUUAGGCAGUAAGCGUAAACAACUAGUUUGGGCUUCAGGAUCCAGGUUCCAGCGGGAGUCCGAGCCACAAUGUCAUCCGCCGGACAGAUGUACCCGAAGGAGGGAGCGGGGCUCGGGGACAGCCUGUCGAUCCAAGGCAGCACGGAGAAGCUGAGCUCCUCCGCCGUCAAUCGCAUCCUGAUGGAUGUCCUGAAGUACUUCGGCAGAGCCGUCUUGGUCUUCUACCCCGUGUAUCUGACAGGAUAUAUGGGCCUCAGUAUCAGCUGGGUGGUGCUGUGCAUGGUGAUGGUCACUUGGUGGAAGAAGAAUCGCCAGUGGAAAGACGUCCGGAUCGGAUCCGCCCUAGACUUUGUGGACAAUGAAACGUGUGUGGUCCACAAGGAGCUGAAAAGUGCCUUACAAAUGGCAUCAUGGGUCCAUUUUCCAGAUUUUGAGAAAGUUGAAUGGGUUAACAAGGUGUUGGAGCAGGCCUGGCCUUUCUUUGGGAUGUACAUGGAGAAGCUCCUUAAAGAAAACAUCCAGCCGGCCAUCAGGCUCUCCAGCGCUGCGCUCAAAAUGUUCACCUUUACCAAGGUCCAUUUUGGACACACACCUCUCAGAAUCACUGGAAUGAAAGCAUACACGCAUGAAGUGGAUCGCAGAGAGGUGGUUCUGGACUUGAACAUAUGUUAUGACAGUGACGUGGACAUCGACGCUGAUGUGCAGUCGCCAAUCACAGCUGGCGUCAAAGGACUUAAACUCCAGGGGAUGCUGAGGGUCAUUUUGGAGCCUCUUAUUGGUCAAGCACCACUGGUGGGAGGAGUCACCUUUUUUUUCAUCCGCCGCCCUACCCUAGAAAUUAACUGGACUGGCAUGACCAACCUUUUGGACAGCCCUGGCUUCAGCUCGUUGUCUGAGGGGACCAUAAUGGACAUCAUUGCCUCGCUCAUGGUGUUGCCCAACCGCAUGUGUGUGCCCCUCAUAGACCAAGUCAAAGUGGACCAGAUGAGGUUCCCACUACCUCGAGGUGUGGUGAGGGUCCACUUGCUGGAGGCCAGAGACCUGGUGGCAAAGGACACAUACAUGAUGGGUUUAGUGAAAGGCAAAUCUGACCCCUAUGCGACACUCCGAGUGGGCAACCGACAUUAUAAAAGCAAGACCGUCAAAGAGAAUUUGCACCCCACAUGGAAGGAGGUGUACGAGUUUGUUGUCCAUGAAGCCCCAGGACAAGAGUUGGAGUUGGAGCUGUAUGAUGAGGACACAGAUAAAGAUGACUUACUUGGAACGUUUAACCUUGAUUUUGGAGAAGUGAAGAAGAACAUAGAAAUGGAUCAGUGGUUUCCACUGGAAGGGGUCCCGAAUGGAGAAGUUCAUCUCAAGCUCCAGUGGUUUUCUCUUAAGACUGACCCCAGCUUGCUGAGGGAGUCUGCAGACGGUCAUGCUUGUGCUAUGCUUGCAGUGUAUCUGGACAAUGCCUCAAACCUACCAAAAGACCACAGUGAGAUCACGACGCAUCAGAAACACAAGAAGGCCACAAAAGAAGCUCGGCUCACAAAGAGAACUGCCUGCCCAAACUCCUUUGUGGAAUUUUGCAUUGAUAAGGAUGUUCAGAAAAGCAAGGUUGUGUACGCAACUAAAGACCCGAAGUGGGAGGAGGGCUUCACCUUCUUUGUGCAUAAUGUCAAAACACAGCAGCUCAUGAUUCAGGUCAAAGAGCACGAGAAGAAGACUCAGCUCGGUGUUCUCAACUUGCCCCUGAGUCGUCUCCUCGAAACCUCCAACAUGACCCUGGACCAGCGCUUCGUGCUGGAGCGCUCCGGAGCCAACAGCCAGAUCCAGCUGAAAGCCACUCUCAGGAUUCUUGCUGUGGAAAAGCCUCCACCCAAGAUUAUCCUCAACCCGCCUCCAAAAGACACACAACAAAUACCACAGACUAACCAAGGAGGUAACGCUCCAGACUCCAUUCCCUCCGGAGCUACAUCCUCCUCUCCAGCGCUUUCCCCCAACACCAUCCCCAUUUCCCAAGCCUCAUCUGCGCCCUGGGUAGCCAAUACCCAGAAAGGCUCCGAUGAAACAUGGCGGCCGCCUUCAACAACAUCAAACAUGCGUCGGUAUGACUCCCAAAGCCUGCUGUCAGAGAACUCCAUCGCUUCGUCACGAUACGACCUUUCAGAGGGGGCCUCGUAUCCAGAGGCCAUCAGGAAACAUCAGGGUUCAUUUGGGGAGAUCCAUCUGACUGUACGAUAUGCCACCCUGAGGAACAAACUCAUCGUCCUGGUUAACGCCUGCAGGAACCUAUUCCGCUUCAGUGAGAAUGGCACAGACUCUUAUGUCCGCAUGUAUUUUCUCCCUGACCAAUCCUGGAUACACCGCAAGAGGACACAAGUCAAGAAGAGGACAGUCAAUCCUGUCUUCAAUCACAAGUUUGAAUUUGAUGUGACACUUGAAGAAGCAAAAAACAGGAAGUUGGAUGUUGCAGUGAAAAAUGGCAAAAUGUUCUACCACACACGGGACAGCAAGGACAUUGGCAUGGUGAUGAUCGAUCUUUCACAGUUGGAUUUAACCAAAGGCAUCACAGAAUGGUAUGAGCUCAUGCUGCCGGGGUUGAAGAACAUCAGUUAGCGGAUGUGCUGUAAAACUUCUGUUUGGGUGGACCAGAGUUGGGUUUUCCAAUUACAGCAACAAAUUCAUCUCAGAUACUGGAAGUUUUGCUACUGUAUUUUAAAGGCUGUACGCUCACAGGCACAUACAGUAUUAUUCCAAAACCACACCCCUACUUAAAGACUAACUUGGAAUAAGUGUUACA